UAAAUAUCCGGUUUUGAGAAUGGCGGGAAAACAAGUUGGAAAUAUUCGACAACAGAUCGAUUUGUUUGGCAAGGAGGAUGAAGCUUUGGGACAGACUCCGUCUGUUUUGUCGCGGCCUGUCCAGAGGAAAACUCUGACCCAGGGUCUGGAUAAAGAUCUGACACAGCUGGAGAAAGAAAUAGACAGGCUGACGGAACUUGUCCGACAGAAAACGGAAACCGUGUCCAGGAAGUCCCAGGAACUAUAUGAACUCCAGUAUGGGGAAAGGAGGCAGAAAACUGAAGAGGAACUUGUGGCUGAGAUUCAGCUUUUACAAUCACAGGUUGAGAGGACGAAGGAGAUAACAGGAGUCGCCAUACAGAAGUAUAGCAAGGAAACUGAUGAAACAGGAAAAAACUCACAUUUAGAAGUAGAAGGCGGUGUUCUAGGAAAUCAAUUCAGUGUCCAGUUUGAUGUGGAGAUCCAAGAGGAAGAAAACAGUGUAGCCAUCAGGAACCUGAACUUGUUGGUAGAAGACGGUAUUCUGAAGAAACUCCAUGAUCCAUUGCUACAACUUAGUGACAACAAUGCUUUGGGCUCCUUCUUCUCUCUGAUGGAACAGUUUUCUCGAUGGAAUAUUUACAGACAAGAAACCUUUCAUCACUUCACAGAGAAAUAUCCUGACAUAGUCUCUACAGAUACGGAUGAAGAGACGGUUUUGUUGCUCCAAAAUCCACAGAUUUCUGAUAGCCUGACUCUGUGUGUGAUGUGGUCCUUCACCAUUGACCCUUUAUGUCGAUUUCACCCUGACCUAAGGUUAAAGGUCAUAGUUCACAAGCAGUUGCUGGAAGCAGAUCAAGAGAAUCUGAUUAAGUAAGCUCCACAAAUGUUCCAGAAGAUGGUGGACUUGUACGGAAUUGAGAGAGGGAUUGAUGCCAUGGUACAGCUGAUGAGUGGGGGCUGACACAGUUCAACAAACAUAGACUGAUAUAUCUAAUUGAUACUGACUGAUGAACAGUUCAACAAACAUAGACUGAUAUAUCUAAUUGAUACUGACUGAUGAACAGUUCAACAAACAUAGACUGAUAUAUCUAAUUGAUACUGACUGAUGAACAGUUCUACAGACACCAGCUUGAUGUCUGACAUAUUUACAGACACUGAAUUGGAUGUCUGACAUAUUUACAGACACUGAAUUGGAUGUCUGACAUAUUUACAGACACUGAAUUGGAUGUCUGACUGAAGUUUACAGACACUGAAUUGGAUGUCUGUCUGAAGUUUACAGACACUGAAUCGGAUGUCUGACUGAAGUUUACAGACACUGAAUUGGAUGUCUGACCGAAGUUUACAGACACUGAAUUGGAUGUCUGACUGAAGUUUACAGACACUGAAUUGGAUGUCUAUUGUCUAAUUAAUGUAUCUGAUUGACACUGACUGGGUACUAGCCUAACAGAGCAGAGCUGCGAUUGGCAGUCAGUGUUCCUGAUCACAUGAUGUCAGUUGUCUGACCAUCUGUAUGUAAAAUUCGCACAUUGUUCAAUUACAGCAUAUUCUCUAGAAUCAAUGAGCAAAUUUUUACCAAACAUCCAUUGAUAAAGGAAAAGCAAAAUAUAAAAUAUAGAGUUGAGGAUCCUUCAAAUGAAAGGUAAUUAAAAAAAAAACAACAAUAGGAUAAAUGUCUCAAAGGUGUUUAUUUCUUGAGACUCUCAACAAAAACAUGUUUAAAAAGAUUAAUUUGGUAAACUCUUGAAAAAAGUGUUUCGAAAAUUCUGUCACAGAGUGUGAUGCAAUGGUAUUACUAUGCUGGGAUCCUAGUUUAGUGUUUGUUCAUUUUGGUACCCACAAAGCAAUAAUGAACUCAGCAGUAAUGGUUUCCCCUGGGAUGUAUCAGUAUAAGGGGUACAGUCUUCAAAAUUAGUUAUAUUACUAUGAAAGCAUCCUUAUAUAGUGUAUUAGUGUUCAUUUAAAUUUGUUAGCCCAAGGAAGGGUUGCAAAGAUACAUGUUCUCAUGUUAUUGUUGUUUCUUGGGUGAGUGAUGUGGCCCCUGGGCCUUUUGUUAACGAUGCGGUGAUUUGAUAUCAAGGCAAUGAAUAGCUGUACAUGUUUUUGAAUCAUGUCUUGUUAUAUGAUCUUUCUUUUUUUUAAAGAAAUAUGGCAUGCACUAAAAACCUGAAAAGCAGAAGAAAAAAUAAAUAGUAAAAUUGU